GCAGGUUAAGAUGGCGUUUGUGAAUUCUGUCGCCAAGCCGCCGCGUGACGUUCGCCGUCGGCAGGAGAGGUUUGGCACCAGUAGUGGUUUGUCCACAGCCGCCUCCACCACCGCUGCAGCUCCCAUCAAAAUAAGGCCAGCUACCACAGACUAUUCUGGUGAAUCGAGCCACACCUUUUCUUCCCAACAUGACCCGUCUCCCGGCUCGUCUCGCUCCUCGGCACCAGGAGGGGGAGGGGGAGGGGGAGGGGGAGGGGGGGGAGUGCAUGCCGCCCGGGACAAGCCACAGGUCAAAAAAAUCGCCCCCAUGAUGGCCAAAACUAUCAAAGCUUUCAAGAACAGAUUCUCCCGCCGAUAGUGUGAAAGAGACUUGAAUGUAUUUUAUGAAUUCCAGCUGUAUUUUUAAUUUAAGUUUAAGAAAAUUUUACUGGAGAUCCCUUAUCCCUGUACGCACACACAUACACACACACACACCCACGCACACGCACACACACACGCACACAUACACCUUCAUCUUUACCCACCAAACAUCAUAUGAACUGAACUGUAAGUAUUGGUGGAAAAAUGGUUUUAUUUUAUUUAAGUGGUGGCACCUGUUUUGGGGGUCUUAAAAUAAGUAUUUAAAUCAUAAAGGAUGGUGAGUGUGACGUCUUUGUUAAGAACAUUAAGACACACACACACAAACAAACACACAGUCUGUUACUUUUCCUUGUUUUGCAGCAGACAUUUUUAAAGGAAUAGCUCUACCUUUUGGAAAAUACGCUUAUUGGCUUUCUUACUAAGAGUUUGAUACGAAGAUUGACACCACUCUCAUGUCUGUAUGCUUAGCUUAGCAUAGCAAAAUGAUUGGAAACAGCUAGCCUGGCUCUAUCCAAAGGUAACAAAAUUUUACCUACCAGCACCUCUUAAGCUCACUAAUUAACACGUUAUAUCUUGUUCGUUUAAAACAUACAAAAAACUUGUAGAAAAUGUGGACACCAGGAAGUUACUAGUCACAACCUAGAAAUAGCUUGCCACAUACAGUGACUCUGUAAAACGCUCAGUUGUCAUUUUUACAAAGAAAAGUACACUGUUUUAUACAUAUUAAACUAAUUUAGACAUACUGUGUUAAUGAGUGAGCUUGAGAUGUGCUGGUAGGUGAAUUUAGCUACCAUGCUAACUGUGUCCACCUGUUUCCAGUCUUCCAAGCUAAGCUAACCAGCUGCUAGCUGUAGCUACAUGAUUAGUGUACAGAGAAGACAUAGGACAGAAAGAAUGCUCAUUCAUUUAAUUUAAAGAAUAGUUGUUUGUCACUUUCCAUUACGAUCAAAUGAUACACUACAUGAGGAAAACUUUUUACACACUCUUGUUUUCUCUUUUAAUGGCAUGCAUGGUGCACGCCAACCAAGGCGUCAACUGGCUGGUUAAAGACUUGGCUUUUAAAAAAAACAAAUACACUUGCAUAUUUAAAGAGGUUUUCCUGGUGCGUUUUUAAUGUGUAGAGCUAAAAAUGAAAUCGGUGAAGUACGCGUACACAAACACACCUUAUUUUAACUCUCCUGUGGCUUCAGAUCAUGUUUUCCUGCUGUUGGAUGUGUGUGUCCCUGUUUAUAUCUGCUUCACUGUGACAAAUAUCUUGAGGGAGGAGGAAAAUUACAAUAAGGAAGGAAACUGAUAGGAUGCCUGCAGCUUUAGUCUACAACAAUGAGGAGAUGUAUUUAUUUUCAACACUGGGACCUGGCACCCCACAUCAUGGGCCUGAAUGGAAUUAGAUUAAAAAUUGUAAUUUUAUUAGAUUUUAAUAAAUGUUAUAUGGUCAUUUUUAUUAAAAUUGACUUUUUGCCCUUAAAAGUUUUUGUGUGGUGGUGUUUAUCAAGCAACACAAACAUCUUCUUUGUUUCUAUUAAACACGUGUGCCAACAGGAGAAGUCUUUACUUUCUCUCUAAAUCACUGAAAAAUGUUGGAUAAGUCUGUAGAGUAACAAGGAAAAGCUGUCACUAGACAAUGUGAGUGGAUUUUUUAAGUGUCCGUCUGUCCUGUAGGCAUUUUAAUAGUAUUAGUAUAUUGUUUACAUAAUGUUUUCCUUAAAUCAUGUAAUGUGGCAUUUAUUCCCAAUUAAACCAACAUUUUGUGUUUUGC